AUGAGGAAAGACUUGGAGACAACAAUAAUGUGGCCAUCCGAAAUCCUUCGUGAAUUCAAGUCAUUUGCAGUUUUUGGGGUUCUGUCAGAAUUGAACCUUUGUAAUAAUCUGUUGAGUGGGUCGUUCCCAAAAAACAUUGGAAACUAUCCGAGUCUUGUUGAUUUGGAUCUGUCGAGGAAUCAACUUACAGGAUCAGUCCCAGAUCUUUCAGUGUUUCCAUCAUUGCGAAGCUUAUUUCUUGAAAGCAACCAAUUGAAUGGGACUAUAGACAGAAACAUUGGACAGCUUUACGAACUUGAGGCUUUCUCCUGUGCUUUCAACUCAUUGAAAGGCAUAAUCUCUGAACCCCACUUCUCCAAUCUCUCCAGUUUGUCCGAUUUGGACUUUUCUUAUGAUGCACUAACUAUUAAUUUCAGUUUUGAUUGGGAUCUAUCGCCUAGUUUGAAUUUUCUAAAUCUCUCACAUAACCAGAUUGACGGCUUGUUGCCGGAUCUAUCUUUAAGUUUUCAGGAUAUUCCAGGAAUAGGAAUAGGAAUAGGAAUAGAUUUAAGUUAUAAUCUUCUUACUGGUCCAAUACCACUAGUUCCUCCGAGUGUAUCAUCUUUGAAUCUCUCCAAGAAUAAGUUUAGAGGCUCGCUUUCUUUCUUAUGCGCAAUAACUGGAGAGUGGCUCAAAUAUCUUGAUCUUUCAAAUAAUGGACUAUCAGGAGAGCUUCCAUAUUGUUUGUCCCGCUUCAAAAGAGUAUCUAUCAUUAGCUUGGCAACCAAUAAUUUGUACGGGGAAAUUCCGAGCUCCAUUGGCUCGCUAAGUCAAAUUCAAACAUUGAACUUGCGCAAUAACAAUUUGUCCGGGGAAGUGCCUUCUCUUAAGAGAUGCACAAUGCUGGGUAUUAUUGCCUUCAGAGGAAAUCGAUUCACAGGAAAAGUACCAACAUGGUUGGGGACACACCUAACAAGUUUGCUUGUCCUUAUUCUUCAAUCCGAUGAGUUUAAGGGAAGCAUGCCUCCGCAAAUAUGUCAUCUUAACAACAUUCAAAUCUUGGACUUAUCCCAUAAUCAUUUAUCAUGA